AUGGCUUCUAAAGGAAGCGACACGGAGAGCAGGUGCGCGAGAGCACUUGCGGAUCUCCUCGAGUCAUGUGACCCAGCGGCCGUGCUAAGCGAGGAGCAAGUUCACAGCAUCUCGGAGAAGCUGGCUAAGAACUUGAAGCCAUUGCUGCCAUUGUUCGGAAGCGAGAGGCAGUUGCACGAGCUGAUGCCACUGGAAAGAUCAUGCCCUGUGUGCGGGCUAGCUUUGUCCGAGAAGCGCAGCAGCAGUGCCAAGGCAGUUAUAGUGGACAAGCGAGGCAUUGUGCAAAAAAUGCAUGUGCCUCUAAGGUGCCAGAACAGGGCGUGCGAAAUCAGUGGAACUUGGUUCUGGCACAAUUACCAGGUCCGGAAUAGGCAACAUCUCUUCACAGGCCAGGCCUCUGAUUUGCAGUGCUUCAUGCUGUCAGCUUCUUUCGGCUUCUCUACAGCAUGGUUGAAGCAGUUUCAGCUGCGCAUGCUGCGGCAGCACGCAAGUUUUAUCGGAGAAGCGGACGUGGUUACUGCAGAAGCAAGAGACGCAGGAAUGGAAGCGCUAGUCCCUGCCCGUCUGCGUUCGCUGAUUUCGGAAGCUUGGUUCAAGUAUCGCUGCUUGAUCCGCUUGGAGAGUCUGGGCGCUCCCAUUCCCGCCGUGGAUUUGCGAUCUCCCGUGGAAGAUGUUCUGCAGCGGCACCUACCGCAAUUGGAGACAGCAUUCACAGAGACCUCGCUUGAGCGCGCGAGGAAAGCUGGGAUGCGGUGCGAUGUAGUUGCCUUGGAUGGCAACUGUAAAAAUCGGCGUGCAGUCUGCGCCGGGUCUACUCAGUGCCCACGCUUGGGCAAAGCAGUGAGGCAUAAUUGUCCGAGAACGCCGAUGCUGGGCCAGAAAUUUUGCCCGGAGCAUACCGGCGAGACGAGUGAGGCUGCUGCGGGAGAAGCAGCGGAGUUGGAGAUCUUGGGUCACCGUCAAACAGAAGAUGGGGCUGUCGAGGUUCACUUGCUGGAGCGAGGAGGCGCCGAAAGAGAUGCGUGGGUGAGUGAAGACUUGGUUCCAGGUUCUGUGCUGGUGGAUUUCUACAGGCAGCUAGGCUUGCAACGCUUGGCCCAGAAAGCGCGAAAGGUGAAGCAAAAGAAAGCAGCGGCCCGUGACAGUGGCGAAAUAGCUCCGAUCCCGGUUGGACAACGGGCAGAGGCAUCUGAUGAAGUAGACCUGCAGGCUGUGUCCUGCAACACACACAAGGAGGUGCAGCAUGGCGGCUUGCUAAAGACAGCUGGCAUGCUCGUGGCGUGCUUGUCGUCUGGCAUCAUUGUCAGUUUGAGGGAGUUUUUCGGAUGCGAGUCGCUUUCACAAAGAUAUUUGGCCAUUUCGAAUCUACGUGCUCACUGCCAUGAGAUGAAACUGCUCGUUCACGAUGACGCCUGUCACGUGCACCGCUACUGCGCGCGACGGCAACAGGCGUCCGACGCCGCAGCGCAGAUAGCCCCUCCCGCGCUUUCCUUCGCGUGCGACGCGUUCCACAUGACUGGACACACGGACGAGUGGUGCAAGCGUACCUGCCACCCGGCGCUAUUCGCAACGCUCCUCGACGGCGUCAGAACAUCCGUAUGUGAAUUCACUUUUACAUGGAUGUCUGCGUACAAGCACCAGACAAAGCACAUGUCCCAGUAUGGCUUCCGCUUCUUUCUGAUGGAGAUGUCGUGGGCCCACAAUGAUGAGAUCUUCGAACGAGGACAGGACAGCGUGGGCGCACUGUGCCUGUCGGUGGGGUUGCUUUCGGAAGGGGAGAAAGACAACGUGCUGGCAUACCGGUGCUCAAGCGCAAGUGACGCCAUGCCUCCUCGAAGUGAUGUUGAACGGCAGUAUUUGCCGGCCAUGAAGUUGAUGUGGUCGGAAGUAGAUCGGCACUUCAAUGCAACAGAGCUUCUGACACCCACAGGGCACCGCUUCGCCCAAGCAUACGCCGUGCGAGCUUCUCACAACGAGUUUGCCUACGCCAUGCAUCUGUUGUGCCUCAUGUGUGGUCUGGUCAAUGGCGCAAAGGUAUCGAUCUUUCCCACAGGGCCAUCGCCAAUGGUAUGUUUCUUCAUCAACAUCAAUUAUUCUCAAACCAGAAAAUCGUCCUUGACGGGACACGCAGAGUCAUGCAGUAAGAUCUUGGACUCCGCCAUCGGCGAUUUGGUGCGUGAAGCUGUUGAGAAGGCGGCGGCCGUGGAGGCUCAGCAGGGCAAGGAUCCUGGCGCGGAGCCGAGUGCGAGGCCAGCCCGGCCGGCGCUGGUUUCGGCGACCAUCCAGUCGGCAACGCCAGAGGAAUGGUUUCGCCGGUGCAGUGGAGACCUUGAACAGAUAAAGAACAUCCAGAAAAUGCCUGGUGAUUCGGCGCAGUGGGCAGGGCGCCAGUGGUAUGGUCAGCUGGGCAACCUUGACGAGGCAACUUGGAACAUGUCGUGUGCCGUGCUGUAG